AUUGAAUGCUUGAAUAACUUGAUAGUCUUGUGAAACCUUAAAAACAGAAGACUUGAACCUCUCUGCAAUUGUUCUUUCUAAAAGAAACCAGUCACACCAUCACCUUCCCAACACCAAUCUUUCGUUAUGGAAUUGUGUGCUUUUUAUUAAUGUGGAUGAGGCAUGCCUGACUCAUCCAACUAAAGUUUAAGAUCCACCAACUUACCUUUCUCCCCCUUAUAAAUACAUUUUCUGAAUCCAUGGCUAGAACCAUCACUCUAAGCAUCCAACAAUCUCAAAAUAUUCUGGGAAUAGAAAGCAAAGCAGAAUCACAUCGGAGCAAUAGCAAUUCAUCAAAUAUGAAGAAACAGCGGCUGGCACAUGUUAUUGGAACCCUGGUCAGCUCACCGGUAGCAUAUCCAGAUGAGAGGGCACCAAAAAGAAUUUUACAGGACCCUUCCACUGCUAGUGCUAGUGCGUAUAAAGUAGAUAGGAUGGAGAAACUUGAAAGAAAAGAAGACAAUCUUGCAAGCAUCCAAGAGCACGUGAAAUUGGGACGCAAGAUCACUGAAACUGUGAAGGGGAAACUGAGUUUGGGGGCUAAAAUUAUUAGAGCAGGCGGCGUGGAGAAGAUUUUCAAGCACAAUUUCAGCAUUAGAGAAGGAGAGAAGUUGCUAAAAGCUUCCCAAUGCUAUUUAUCAACAACAGCUGGUCCUAUAGCAGGCCUCCUCUUCAUCUCCACUGACAAGGUUGCCUUCUUCAGCGACAGAUCCAUCAAAUUGUCUUCUCCAACUGGCAAGUUUAUUAGAAUUCGUUACAAGGUCGUGAUCCCAGUAGUAAAAAUAAAGAGAGCCAAUGAAAGCCAAAAUAUGAAGAGACCGUCACAGAAGUACAUACAAAUAGUUACCGUGGACAAUUUUGAUUUCUGGUUCAUGGGAUUCCUGAAUUAUCGUGGAACUUUCAAAUAUCUUCAACAGGCACUCUCUCAGGCUCAAUACUUAUAACUCGAUCAGAAGUGAUUAAACAGAUGUAUUCCGCCU